AUGGAUCAUUUUCAAACAAACUGGGGCCGCCCUCGCGAUGACAUUUAUGGUUCAUACGAUAAACGAAUCCAUGAAGCCAGUGAUGCUGCUGCCGCUGCAAACAUCCCCACUACAAAUACCCAAGCUCCUAUCGUCACCGGUACCUCAGUCAUCGCCAUUAAGUUCAACAAGGGCGUCAUCAUUGCUGCAGAUAAUCUUGCUUCCUACGGCUCGCUUGCACGGUUCACCGAUGUUGAGAGAUUGCUGCCUGUAGGCCGCGACACGGUUGUUGGUGUUGGCGGUGAUAUCUCCGACUACCAGUACCUUCAGCGAGUUUUGGAGCAGCUGGAAAUAAAUGACAACUAUGAUAAUGAUGGCUUGGAGCUGACGGCCUCUAACGUCUUCCAUUAUAUUUCUAACAUCAUGUACAACCGCCGUUCGCGCAUGAACCCCCUCUGGAACGCCAUUGUCGUUGCAGGCGUCGACCCAGUCACAAAGGAACCCUUCCUCUCGACUGUCGAUCUUCGCGGUGUUACUUACUCGGCCCCCACCCUGGCCACUGGUUUUGGCGCAUACCUUGCGGUUCCUCUGCUGCGCCAACUUGUCGAUGACGAAAAGGAUGUGGAAAAGGUUACCGAGGAAGAGGCUCGCAAGAUGAUUGAUACAUGCAUGAAGGUGCUUUUUUACAGAGACGCGCGGUCACUUGAUAAGUACAGCGUCGCUACAAUUACUGCUGACGGUGUCAAGUUUGACAAGAACGUGCGACCUGAAAAUAUGAACUGGAAUUUUGCUGGAGGUAUCAAGGGAUACGGCACCCAGGACGAGUAG